GAGUGUAUGCUAUAAUUAAAUCAUGAAGUUGAUCAUACCGAAAAAGAAAAUGUUGUAUAUCACUUUUAGUGGCGUAUUAUUGAUUAUUUUGGGAAUUAUACUUGGUUUCAAAGUCCUGCCAAAAGUGGUGGAGAAAAAAGUUUGGGAGAGUGUAGUACUCAAGGAGAAAACAGAGCAAUGGGAUUUAUUCAAGGAAAUGCCAUUUCCAUUCACUUUCAAAGUCUACUUCUUCAAUGUAGAAAAUCCGGAGGGUAUAAUGAAAGGAGAGAAGCCAAUUGUUUCUGAGAAGGGACCAUAUGUUUAUGAUUUAUUUCACUGGAAAACAGACAUUUCUGUGGAAGAAGAAUUCAUAUCUUUUUACGACUGGACCAACUUUGUUUUCAAUAAGCAAGCCUCAGGAGAAUUGAGGGAAGACGAUGAGUUAACUCUCUUGAAUGCGCCAUUCAAUGGCUUAUUCAUUCAAGUUGAGGAAAUAUCACCCAAUGCACUUGAAGGAGUCAGUUCAGCUGCUGAGGGCAUAUUUGGCGAUAAAAACAACUUAUUCAUAGAAGUUAAAGUCAAGGAUUAUCUCUUCAAUGGAUAUCCGGUCUGUGAAAAUCCUAGUGAUAAGGGAUUUCUUAUAGACACCGUGUGCAAACAAAUGAAAGCUAAAGCUGGAAUUGGUUUAGUGAUCGAUGGUAACAGAUUAUUAUCAGCGCAGCUUCGUCACAAAAAUAUGACUCAUCUUGGAAGGUUCACCAUUAAUUCUGGAUCUAAAGAGAAGGAGAAAGUAGCAAACUUAAUAAAGCAUGAAAAUGCUGUUAACUCGAAUACGUGGAGAGGAGGUAUUGAAUCUGAAUGUAACCGAAUUAAAGGUGUUGUUUCUUUUCCAGCAUUCAUAAAAAAAAAUAUGAGAUUCGAUACUUUCAGUGAAGAUAUAUGCAGGUAA